AAGAAGAAGACUUGUUUUUCUUUAUACAUUGAGAUAGCUUCUAAAAUAGUUUAAUUAUUUUGUUUCACAAAUAUGGUAUAAGGAAAUGGAUAUUCUGUGUACAGACUGAGACUGAAUGAAAGAAUCCGUGGCAGAGAUUUAGGCAAGCACCACCAUUUUUAAAGUUUUGUGCAGCAUGUGGUUGACAAAAUGAAUGUACUGAAGAACUACUUAAACAUGUUUUCUGCCCUAACUCUACUUUCAAAGGCAGAAUGCGGGACUUGUUGGAGAGGCUGCAGACCAUUAGGGAGGAGCAGGAGGACUGCGAGCCAGAGUUUUUUGGAGCCGACUAUGAUGUAGACAAGGAGACUUUUCCCCAGCAGGCAGUGGUGUUUGAGGACUCCUCACCUAUUGACGACAUCCUGAGAGAGGCCCACUCCAUACGCAAGGAUAUCUCCUUUCUACACUUAGAGGUGGCGCGUCUGAGCACACAUAACGAACGCUUUGGCACCUCUGUGCGGCGUCUCACCCUACUCAAAAAGGACUCUGACUCCAUUGCCAGGGGGAUCCUGCAACGUGGGGAGGCUCUGCACGUCCGUCUUCAGGCCCUGGGUAAAGAGAGCAGCAGGUUAGAGGUAAAAGAAGGUCCCAACUCGGCUGUUAGUCGCAUUGCCCGAAUUCAGUAUGACACGCUGACCCGUGCCUUCCAUGCUGCCAUGAGUGACUACAACGAGGCAGAGGAGAUGCAGAGAAAUGCAUGUCGGAAGAGAAUCCAGAGACAGGCCUCCAUAAUAGGUACUGAAAUCACCGAUGUCCAGCUGGAUGUGAUGGUGGACAAAGGUGGUGAGGGAUGGGCUGAGCUGUCCCAGAGCCUGCAGACCCAAGGUGCACGCUCGUCCUGCUGGGCGAUGUAUGAGAUCAAGGGCAGACACAAGGAGCUGGUGGAGCUGGAGGUCAGGCUGAAGGAGGUCCAUGAACUGUUCCUGCACAUGGCCGUGAUGGUGGAGGAGCACGGAUCCAUGCUCGAGAACAUUGAGUCUAAUGUGUGUGGCACUGAGGAAUGUGUUGACAAAAUCAACGUUGACUUCAAGAAGGCCCUAAAGUACAAGAGGAAGAAUCCUUUUCAGCAAUGUUGUCCCUGUCUUCCCUGUUGGAGACACAACCAAACUUUUUAGGGCUUACUUUGACUUUAUGCAAUUUUAUGUAUGAUUUGAAAAAUGAAAAACAUUUACCUGUGUAAAAACCGUUAUGAACAGCUAAAAA